CAAGAAUACCGCUUCCUUCUCCCCUCAUCCGCCAUUGUCCCAGAACAGGAAGCCUCGAACAGCCCCAGACACUUGUCUUUUCUUUUCUCUCCCCCAAAGUCUUUUCUCUUUCUUCUUUCCUAUGCAUCCUCUGAUACCCACCAUCUUCUACGACUCUUCCCCGACGACGCUGGGAAUUUAUACCAUUCUUUGCGGACUAUUCCUAUACUCUGCUAGCAAAAUGUUCGGAUUCGGUCGUAACCAGUUCGUCGUUCAGGGCAGGACCGUUGUUAUCACGGGAGGUUCGGAGGGGAUGGGCAAGGCCGUGGCUUGCCAGCUUGCCGAGAAGGGUGCCAAUGUUGUGCUCGUCGCACGCACGGAGUCGAAGCUCCAGGAUGCCGUUGAGACUGUCAAGGGUGCCGCGGCUGAAGCCGAGCGGCAGAGAUUCCACUACAUCUGUGCAGACCUGACCAAUGCUGCCGAGUGUGACCGUGUCAUGGCCGAAGUCACCGAAUGGAACCACGGACAAUCCCCCGAUAUCGUAUGGUGCUGUGCAGGAUACUGCAGUCCCGGCUUCUUUGCGGAGACCCCCGUACAGACAUUGAGGGACCAAAUGGAUACGGUGUACUGGACAGCUGCCAACACUGCUCAUGCAAUCUUGAGACGGUGGCUUGUACCCAUUACUCCCAGCCAGCAAAUGCCGCUACCUCCUAGACACCUCAUCUUCACAUGCUCUACCCUCGCAUUCGUGCCCAUUGCUGGUUAUGCCCCUUACUCACCUGCCAAAGCUGCAAUUCGCUCAUUGUCUGAUACUCUCAGCCAAGAAAUUGAGAUGUAUAACGGUUCUCGCGCCGACAAGUGCCGCUCGGAGGCUCCAGCUACGGACGUCAAGAUCCAUACCGUCUUCCCCAUGGGCAUUCUCAGCCCUGGAUUCGACAACGAACAGAAGCUCAAGCCGGAUUUGACCAAGAAGCUGGAGGCUGCUGAUAAGCCACAGACACCUAUAGAAGUUGCAAACAUUGCGAUCAAGGCCCUGGAGAGGGGUGAGUACAUGAUCACCACGAUGUUCGUUGGCGAUGUCAUGAAGGGAUCAGCGCUCGGAGGCAGCCAGCGGAACUCCUUCAUUAAGGAUACGUUCACUGGCUGGCUCAGCAACUUGUUGUUCUUGCAUGUGAGCCCCGAUCUCAGGAGGCAGGCCUGGAGCUGGGGUGAGAAGCACGGCGUCCCUGGUCGCCGGAGAGAGUAAUCGAUGGGGGUCUUGCUAUGCUUUGUGUGUCGUCGUUUGGUGUAUGCGUUAGAUACCCUGAGCGUGCCUCUUUAUCCUUAUGACCAUUAUUAUGUUCGCCUGGAGUAUCAUGUACUGAAAAUUCCCG